CCAGGCGAGCGGAGGAGGCGGAGCAGGGAGCCGGGAGCGGGCUGGCCCGCGCUCCUCCUGCCGGCCGGGGAUUUUCCAGACUGGGCGCUGACGCCGCGGACCACCCUGCGGCUGCCGGGGACCAUGGGCGACAAAGGGACACGAGUGUUCAAGAAGGCAAGCCCCAAUGGAAAGCUCACCGUCUACCUGGGAAAGCGGGACUUUGUGGACCACAUCAACCUCGUGGACCCUGUGGACGGUGUGGUCCUGGUGGAUCCUGAGUAUCUCAAGGAGAGGAGAGUCUACGUGACACUGACCUGCGCCUUCCGCUAUGGCCGGGAGGACCUGGAUGUGCUGGGCCUGACCUUUCGCAAGGACCUGUUUGUGGCCAACGUGCAGUCCUUCCCGCCCACCUCCGAGGACAGGAAGCCCCUGACGCGGCUGCAGGAGCGCCUCAUCAAGAAGCUGGGCGAGCACGCCUACCCUUUCACCUUUGAGAUCCCUACUAAUCUCCCAUGCUCUGUGACACUGCAGCCGGGGCCUGAAGACACAGGGAAGGCCUGCGGUGUGGACUACGAGGUCAAAGCCUUUUGUGCAGAGAAUCUGGAGGAGAAGAUCCACAAGCGGAAUUCUGUGCGCCUGGUCAUCCGGAAGGUUCAAUAUGCCCCAGAGAGGCCUGGCCCCCAGCCCACAGCUGAGACCACCAGGCAGUUCCUCAUGUCGGACAAGCCCUUGCACCUAGAGGCCUCCCUGGAUAAGGAGAUCUAUUACCAUGGAGAACCCAUCAGUGUCAAUGUUCACGUCACCAACAACACCAAUAAGACAGUGAAGAAGAUCAAGAUCUCGGUGCGUCAGUAUGCGGACAUCUGCCUUUUCAACACGGCCCAGUACAAAUGCCCUGUGGCCAUGGAGGAGGCUGAUGACACAGUGGCACCCAGCUCAACGUUCUGCAAAGUCUACACACUUACCCCCUUCCUGGCCAACAACCGAGAGAAGCGGGGCCUUGCCCUGGACGGGAAGCUCAAGCAUGAAGACACAAACCUGGCCUCCAGCACGCUGCUGAGGGACGGCGCCAACCGGGAGAUCCUGGGGAUCAUUGUCUCCUACAAAGUGAAAGUGAAGCUGGUGGUGUCUCGGGGCGGCCUGCUGGGAGACCUUGCAUGCAGCGAUGUGGCUGUUGAACUACCCUUCACCCUGAUGCACCCCAAGCCCCAGGAGGAGCCCCCACAUCGAGAAGUUCCAGAAAACGAGGCGCCAGUAGAUACCAAUCUCAUAGAACUUGACACCAAAGCAGCUGGUCUAACCCCGUCUGCUGAGAGCCACCUCUGCUCGCCUCUUCAGCAGCCCGCUUGCCUGCAUGUGACUUGAAGGACCCUCCGUGCCUGUUCCUCCUCCUCCUGCCUUGAUUUGUGAUGACGACAUUGUAUUUGAGGACUUUGCCCGCCAGAGACUGAAAGGUAUGAAGGACGACAAGGAGGAAGAAGAGGAUGGGACCAGCUCGCCACAGCUCAACGACAGAUAGACUGGGGCCAGGCCGUCCCUCGGGCAGCUCCAGGUCCACUCUCGUGCACUAGGAUGCUUAUUCAUCUUCUUUCUAUUCCGAUUCCCCCUCCCCUUUGUUCUUCCGAUUUCUACCAGGGGGCUCCAGUGCGCUUCGAGGUCAUGGUGAUGAGCCCCUGGCCUCGGGACUGGCCCCACGUCGCUGUGCCACCGGGACCACAGUGUACCACCGUAACCCUCUACCCCUUCAGUCACCUCUCCAUCCCCCCUCCUUUUCACACUGAUCCCCCAGAAAGGCCACCACAGCCCUGGCCUCGGAAUUUGACUUGAGAUGGGGAGCAGAAAGGGGAGGAUGGGGCAUGAGUGGGCAGGGAACUUGGGGGAGGUGGGGAUGAGGGCUGAAGAUACACGAGAGGAUGUCCACAGUCCCAGGUGGUCAGCACAGUUCUGGCAGCUAAAAGAUGACCACACUGAAGUUCACCCCUCUCCAGAAUGGUUCUCUGGAGGAACCAGGGCUUGGGAGUCUGGCUGGGAGGGUCAUACCCAUGGACAGAUUCUCAAUACCUUUUUGCAAUUUGGACCCUCCAAAGACCUCUCCCCUUCCACCCUAAAUCCUGCCCCAUGUCCCUCUGUGUCUGACAGUGGCACUGAUGACAGCUGGUAGACCUCAGGAGUGGAGAAAAGCAACUAGACUGACUUUCCUACCAGCAGUUACUUAUCUAAGGCAAGCUGUGUGAACUAGCCCAAGUAUAUUUCAGUAUUGUCAGGAUGUAACAUCUUAGCUACCUUGUAUCUUACACGUGUGGAUCUACCUAUCUACCCACCUGUAUAUAUGUGUGUGUGCACAGAGGGAGAGAGGGAGGGAGUCUUCAGAAAACACCCAGAGGUGGCAGAAUGCGCUGGAGCUGCUGAAGAGGUUUCCUGAGAGGGCGCUCACAGAGACGGGGCAGGGGGCCGGAAGAUGAGAGUCUUCCCUAUGUCCCUUCCUUGGUGGACUUAACAGUGAUAACACAGGCAGCAAGGCUGGAGGUCCAGAGUGGGCCAGUGCCACCAGCGUCCUCCUGCUCCCUUCUGCAGUCUGGGAGAGAACUCCUGGGGUCACCGUGUCCACAGUCAAAGUGGCCCUUCGCCUGCCUCACCCAAAGGGAAUGAGGAUUCUGGGUAGCAAGGAAGCUACCAGUAAACAAAGUAGCUUGUUUCCUUGGAGAGCUGGUGACCCCCAGCAGCAACAAGUGUCAUGGGUACCCAGUACUCAUGGGUUGGUGUUGAUGAGUUUGGGACCUGGGGCAUUUCAGAGAAAAUGUUAAAAGGUAUCUGUCCUCAUCUGGCCUUUGAGGCCAACUUGCUGUGUGACCUUGGGCAAGUUCCUUCACCUCUCUGGGCCUCAGUUACUGGAAAACCAUGGGGUUUGACCAGAUGAUCACAAGGGGUCCGUCCAGCUCUGGCUUCCUGAGAAGUUGUGAAUAUUAGAAUAUUCUGGUGUGUGGGUCAGGAACCUCUGACCUUGGUCUGUCUGCCUUUAGAAGGGAUUCAUUGAACCCCAGAGUUGGCAGGGCCCUAGAGACCAACUUGACCACCCCAUACCCAAUCCCAAGCCUGGGAAGGGCUCUUCUUGGGCCUCUGAAGGGUCAUUUGAUGUCAAACUCUGCACCUUAGCUAUGGCCCUAGCAAGCGUGAGCUGCUCUGCCUUAGGUUCUGGGUGUUACUGGGAGGGACAGAGCUUGCAUUUGCUGGGGCUUGGGUGGGGAGCUUGUGAUAGGAGCCCCAGUACCUCACUGUUCACUGUGGACGCAGCCACCCUAUGCUUUAUUUAUUGGCAGGGCAAGGAGAAUCUUUCAAUUCCUACUCCUUUUCACUGCUAUCCCAUACCUGCCUGAAAAGGGAGACAACGUUUUAUUAUACAAGUUGGGUCUCAACCCUUUUCAGUUCAGCCCCUGCUGGGGUGGGCUAUGCCUCCUUUUCCUGUGGUGAAAUUACCCAGUUCACAUGUCUGGCACUAUAUACCCCCAACCCUUCCCUUCUGAAUCUCUUGAAGACCCAACAGAUGGAACCACGUCAGUUUGUGGCAGUCACCCUCCCCUGUCCAGUUCUGGGUCCCAGCCACAGGUGUCCCAGGCAUCCAGCCCCUACCAGAUCAUUCUGGGAAGUUUGUGCCCCAUCUGGGCAGCUAUAAGAGUUGAUGAAAUGCUGGAACAACUCAUGGUAUGAAUAUGCUCUCCAAUGUCUUCCUUUGAAAUCUUUGGGACUGAUAUAAGAAGACCCCUUAGGAUGUGGGGUAAUCACUGCCCUACAAACCUCCUCCCCGUCCCCCAAUGAGUGCACACAAAAGAUUUUUCAGGCUGCUUUCUUGAGCGUCCUCCACCUCAAUCUUAUGCUCACCCCUUUGGGUUUAUCCCAGGUUGUUUAGUUAUUUCUCCAGCUGCAGGGAAGCCCCAUCUGUCCUUUUUGUCAUUGAGCCCAGGACUUGCAGAAGGGAAGUGGACAAGCUCAGUUGAAUUCAGCUUAUCCAUCCUUUGCCAGCAACUUCUCUGCUCUGUGGUGAGCCCUGGAGACACAGUGAUGGAUCAGUCCCAGCCCCUGUCCUCAGGAAGGUCAUGGUCAGGGGAAAGUUGUAGGGGGCCAUUGCAUUCAGGGCUCCCUAACUGCUGCUAGCCCAUAUAGUGCCUUGGUGUGAGUUAGGAAAUGGUGCCCUUCCAAGUGGAUUCAGCCCCCCACUAGAAUGCACAGCCUUAUGAAUGGCGCCCAGGAUGGAUUUUAGCCCCAGUUGCCCCUUAGCCCGUUACCCUCGUGCAGAAAGCAACCUUCACAGCCGUAUGCUGCAGCCCAGUGGGACAUGCAGGCCAAAGUGUUUCCUCUGGUGUCUCCCUGAAGAGGAAGGCCCAGAUCAUCUUUCCAUCCUUCUGGUCACCUCCAGACCCCACCCCAUGCCCAGCAAGACUGCUUCCUUGCAGGGUCUUCCCCAUUCUGGAGUCAACCUGUCCAGGUUGACCCUGGAGAGAAACUGGGGGAAGGGGAGUCUCAGCCACGAUGUUAGCUGUUUCUUUGCCAAGCGUUCAGGGCUGCUGCUGAUCAAGCAGCUCUGUGCUGGGACUUCCCAGUGGGCCAUGUGUCUGGGCAUGAAGGAAGGACAUGUCCCUGGGUGAAAAGUCCUGAGGCAGAGGCUGGACUUCCUCAGCAUGCCAACCAAGGGAAGAGUACAGUCCCUGUGAAGAUAAGAACUGAAUUAUUUGGCUAGACUCCAUUGGCCUCCUUGGCGUUGAGACCAAGACAGGUUAGGGUGGACUCACCUGGGGUGUUAAUUCAUUGGAAGUGUUGCUGUCACCCUGGUUCCCACGUGGUGCUGUGAAGAGAACUCCAGCUGGUUCUCAGUCCUGGCUGUCACCAAUCAGCUGAGUGACCUUCAGCAAGUCAUUCAACCUCUUGGGCUCAGUUUCCCUAACUAUAAAAUGGGAUAGUUACCCCUCCCCUGCCCGAUUCAAGCAAUUGUUGUGAAUAGUCAGUGGACAGUGCUCUGAAAGUUGCAAAUGGCUGCACAGGCCUGUACAGGGGAGUUGGGCAGGGGAGUUGCCCAAGGUUGCAAAGGAAGUUUGCUGUGGGCUGAGCCCUCCUCUCAGCAGUCUGCAUCUCUUGACCCCCUUCUCACUUCACUUAGAUGAUUGUCAAUCAGAAUGAGAUGCAGCCAACCUGACUCUGGUGACCAGUUGAGAGGAAAAUUCAGGCAGUAUUCAGAAAUCCCACACUCAGGGGCUAGUGGUCCCAGGAAUUGGAUGGAGAUGGAAGACACAGAUAUUGUCAGUGAUUGGAGGGGGCAUCUUGGGCCCUCUCAGGCCUGGUGUCACCCACAUCUCCCAUUUCUCAGUCCCCGGAGGCCAAGAAGCCUUGGAUUUGAUCCCAGAUUAGAGAGAACCACCAGCCCUCAGGCUCAGAGAAGGCUGAACCCACCACUGCACCAUCAAAGAAAUCCAAGGGUGAGGUGAAAUAGAAAUUUGUCUGCUCCUUCCCCUCAAAGUAUAAAGCUCCAUCCAGGAUCAAUGGGAGUUGCCAGAACUUCCUAGAAACACUCAGGAGGGAUGUGGGCCCAGGGAAACCCCAGGCUUCUUACCCUGGAGCCGAGUCCCAGCCAAUCACUUCCCCAAUGGUCUUAGCAGCCCAGAAAGGCAGCUUCUCUCCUGCCAGGGGCUGGGGACUGGACACUCUCCACUCAUCCUGGAGGAGGAGGUUAGACCCCAAUUGUGUACUCUUAUGGGGUCUCAUGGACAUAGGCCUAUGCCUGUUCUGAUGUUUUUCUUUUUAAACUGAACGAGGACCAAAACAGAUGCCCCCACCCUCAUGCAUACGGCCUGCAUUGGGCCUGGCGUGUGCCCUGCUGGUCUGGGCACCACUUUAGUUUUUCCUGCUCUACUGGACUGAAAUGGCCUCCUGGCGGGCAGAAUCCUUGCCCUCUCCCACCCAUCUGCAGGUCACUGCACAAUGGCUUCAAAGAGAAGCCCUGCUGAAGGGGGUAUGCUCCCCCAUUCCUCUCUCCCAACUCUUCACCCCAAAGGGAAGUCAAAGCACAGGUCCCCAAGGACCCAGGAUCUACUCUAACACAGGCUUUCAAACCAGGUGCUGUGGAACCCCUGGUGUUCCACAGAGCUCUGCCGGAAGCUGCUAAGGUAGGAAGAUGGGGUGGAGGCAAAGGAAGGUCUCCAGCCCUCCCUCCAUUCCCACUUCCACUGGAACAGCUCUCCUUUUACCUGUCUUGCCUAUGAGCUUUCACCUUCAGACUUUCUUUGGAAGAAAGACUUCUUCAAACCAACAUUCUGAGGUUUGAUCUUAGACCAGCAAGCACAGCAUUCCUCAUUCCCCAGGUUCUAUUCUUGGUUUUCCUGUUGGAAUGGCUCCAACAUUCCAAGACAAAGUGUCUAUGUAUUGGAACUUGGGUCACAGACCCAGGCCCAAGCAUUUGCUUGAACUUAUGCUAUACAUGCACACACAUAUGCAUGGACAUGUAUACACACAGGAACACGUAUCUGCACACAUUUGAUGGUUUUCUGGCCAACCCACCCUGAAGCUGUGGCCGGGGUUUGAUUUGGGUUAAGUCUGGCACUCAGUGAGGAUGACUCUUGACCCUGAUAUUAGUCCAUGCAGUGUUGGAAAACUGUGGAGCAAGGAAGCAGGCCCAAUCUCAUCCUGAGAUUUGUGUCUGCACCCCCAGGUGACACCCCAUUUCCUUACUCCAGGCCCGUGGAACAACAGACAGAGCAGUGCAAUGGGAGAAGCAAAACCUAGAGUCAGGUUCUUCUCCACAUCUAGCCAGAUGAGUGAAAUCCAGGUUUCCUUAAAAGACACAUGGAAGUGGACUUCAUGAUCAAAGCCCCUUCUCUGAGGGUAGGAUCCCCCCAGAGACCUUUUACACAGCAACUUCCCUCGAGUAAUUCUAAUGGGAUUCUGCUCCCACAUUUGUGGACAACUAAAUGUGUGGGCAACAAGGGGUGCCUGAAGACUGGCUACUGCCCUCCCCUGCAGUCCCCAAAUUUCCUCCCUGCCUGCCUGGCCCUCUGCCCACACCUGCCACCAGGACUGGCUAUGCCGUGGGCACUUUGGUGAGACCUGGGCCAGUCCUUGGCACAGAAUCCUGUCUGGCACUCCACCUGGGACAUUCUAGGUGAAAAGUGAGGCUCUCACUCAGGCACAGCAAGCCACAUGGCAUAGGAGAAAGAGGGCCAACUGGUGUUUAACUUUGAGUGUGACUGUGGGAAUACCACUGGCCUCAGUUUCCCCAUGUAUAAAAAUAGGGCUAAUGUCAGAUUGUGCCCACCUCACAGGGAUUACUGCAAGGAUCACUUGAGAGAUGUGUGUGAGAAGUCCACGGUGCUUCACAAACUCAGGGUGCGGUCAUGGCCUGCUUGUGAAAUCAGCAGAGCAGCCUGGGGAUGAGUGGAGGAUGCACCACAUUCCUGGGGCAUCUUUGCUUAGUGUUAAGGUCUAGCCACAGCUGCUGUGUGGGGCCAGCCUCUUCCCACUGAGUGGAAGCCAGAGCUCCACCUUGCACGGUGACCAUGUGCGUGUCCUGGCCAUGGGAGGUGAGGGGUGGCUGGGGCAGGUCUCUGGGCCAACCAAGGUCUGCCUGCACUAAGUCUGUGGCUCUUCUGUUAAGUGAUUAUUUUGUGACACUCCUCAUUUCUUGGCCACUUGCCAGGUUUAUAUGUCAUACCUGUGGCUUCCUUAUGUCAAAUAAGUUAUUAUAGUUUAUUCAACUCUAACAGGACAAAUGAAUAAAAGAACCAUAAUGACACCAUUAAAGGUCUUUUGUGACAGAG